AUGGUGACGAACGUCUACGUCUCGGCAGUGACACAGGACAACAUAUCGCGUCAUGAACUCCUUGCAUGGGUCAACAGCACCAUUGGGGCUAAUUUCUCGAAAAUCGAGGAGAUGAGCACGGGCGCCGCUUACUGCCAACUCACGCAUCUGCUCUUCCGAGACGGGAUCAGCCUUCGUAAGGUUAAAUGGAAUAGCCGUAAUGAAAUGGACCAUAUAAAUAAUUGGAAAAUACUGGGUACUGCUUGGAAAACGCUUGGAGUUGACAAGCCUGUCCAAGUGGAGCGGUUAACGAAAGCGAAGUUUCAAGACAAUUUUGAGUUUUUACAAUGGUUUUACAAGUUCUUCAACGCCAAUUAUGUAAAUGAUGGUGAAGAAUAUGACGCAGUAGCUGCUCGUGGUGGAGAACCACUCCCAGCCGGAGCGAAGGGACCUGCACCUGUUCGUAUCGUACCUGCAAGAAGUUCAGCAACCGGACAACAACCAGUUCGGACAUCUGUUCCUUCUACUGGGAAGAAAUGUGGUUUCAUGUCAUCAUCACCAAAUCCCCCUCUUUCUAAUCGUAAUAAAGCUUCUGUUUCACCAACUUUGAAGAGUUUAGAGGAGGAAAACGCUGAGCUUGUCCGACGAAAUGAAGAAAUGAUGACUAUAUGCGAGACAUUGGAGAACGAGCGGAAUUUUUAUUUUGAAAAACUCAGAAAAAUAGAGGAUAUGUGCAAUGCAUGUGAAGAUAGCGAUACCGUUAACAAAGAAUCUGUACUGGCUAUUCUGUAUGAAUCAAAUGGCAUUGAAGACGGAGGAGAAGGCAUUGCUCAAGCAGUUGAUGUCGAUGACGAGACUUUCUAG